AUGUAUGGAAAGGCAUAUCUAAUAGGGAAAUUCUAUGAAUUCAAUCCAGAAAUCAUCAAUAAUCACCUAGGAACAACCAGUGAAGAACAAGGUGUUCAACUAGAAAGUGAACAGGUUAUUCAAGAGCUUACAGCUGGAAAUGUGAGUUUUGAUAAAAACAAAAUCAAGGCUGCCUCAUUAACAAGCAAGUAUGCUAUACUACAGAAAAUUGCCCUUUUGAAUUGGAUGCCCUCUCUGCAUGAAACAACAGUUAAGUGGAGUCUGGCAGAAUUAUUGUACAAAAUAGGGAAGGGAAUCAAAGUUAACAUUGGAGACAUUAUGUAUUCACAGAUUACAAACUUGGCAGAAGCAGAAAGUAGUGAGUCAAAGGCUUCCCUCAUUUUCCCAAAUCUGAUAUACUCUAUUCUAUCCAAACAAGGGCUGAAAUCACAUGGACCGAAGACACAAGUCCAGACCAUAAACACAACCAUGAAGCUGAGAAAAGGGGGACACCAAAAUGAUCUCAAAACCUCUAUCCCAACUGAAGAUCCAACAAAUCAGAAAGUCCUACUAAAAUACUUCGAGAAAAGACUGAAUGAAUUGGAAAAUUCAGAGAAACAGAUUCUAAGGAAACAUAUGGAAAUCAAGGAGGAAAAAGCAGAAGUCCUACAAUGGCUACAAGCUCUCAAACCAAACAAUAGAGAAGAGGAAGAUAAAACAGAAGAAACUCAGAAGAAUGACCAAGAAAGAAGUGAUGAAUAG